AUGUCCUACGAUCGAGGAAGAAUCACAACAACAUCUGUUCUCCCAGGCGAAACUUCAAAUGAGCCGAACUUAUCUCAUAUUCAGGCCAUUUUUCGUUCUUUUAUUUUAGAGUUCUGGGUCAAUAAUAGCUAUGUAUAUCGUGACCAACUGAGGGAGAAUGUUCUCUCCAAAAACUACUCUUUGACUGUGAACAUGGAGGAUAUCAUUGCUUACAAUGAAGAUAUUGGCCAAAAGAUUUCUGAGCAACCUGGUGAAAUUCUUCCUCUUUUUGAGAAAGCUAUUCGUGACGUUGCAAAACAGAUUGUUUACCCCUCCCUAAUUGCUGCACAAAAUACAUCUGCCGAAAAUGGUGAAAGUUCCAACGAAGAAGGUAUCAAUAACGGUUCUAAUGAAACACAUGUCAACCCUCAAGCAGCAAUUUCUGCUAUUCCUGUGUGUCAGAUUAUUCUUAAAUCUAACUCGAAUCCUCUUUCAAUUCGAGAGCUGAGCGCUUCUUACAUAUCGAAGCUAGUAAAAAUACCCGGUAUUGUCAUUUCCGCUUCUACUCUUUCUUCAAAAGCCACUUCUUUACAACUUAUUUGUCGAGGAUGUAACCACCUUCAUAGAAUUGAAGUGGACAGCGGAUUUUCAGGAAUAAGUUUGCCUAGUCGUUGUUUGGCAGUUUCUGAUUCUAACCAGCGUCAAGGCUGUCCGCCUAAUCCUUAUGUUGUUUUCCAUGAACAUUCUUCAUUUAUUGACCAGCAGUCAUUAAAAUUACAGGAAGCUCCCGAUAUGGUCCCUGUAGGUGAAAUGCCACGGCACAUUCUUUUGUCGGUUGAUCGAAAUUUAUGUAACCAGGUCACCCCUGGUACUCGAUGCACUGUUAUUGGCAUCUACUCUAUUUUUUCAAAGUCCAGCAAUAUUAAAGGAACUCCUAAUGCAGUGGCUGUAAGACAUCCUUAUCUACGGGUCGUUGGUAUACAACAGGAUGCGGGUCAUGAUCUCAUGCGCAAUAUGGUUUUUUCUGAAACAGAAGAAGAAGAAUUUAUCAAUAUUUCCAAAAAUCCUGAUUUAUAUGAAAUCUUUGCCAGAAGUAUUGCUCCUAGUAUUUAUGGUAAUGAAGACGUUAAAAAGGCAAUUGCAUGUUUAUUGAUGGGCGGUUCGAAAAAGAUUUUGCCUGACGGCAUGCGCCUUCGUGGCGAUAUCAAUGUUUUACUUUUGGGCGACCCAGGUACCGCUAAAUCUCAGCUUUUAAAAUUCGUGGAAAAGGUUUCUCCUAUUGCGAUUUACACUUCUGGUAAGGGUUCAUCUGCAGCUGGUUUGACGGCUUCUGUGCAGAGAGAUGCAGGGUCUCGAGAGUUUUAUCUUGAAGGUGGUGCAAUGGUGCUUGCUGACGGCGGUGUCGUGUGUAUUGAUGAGUUUGACAAAAUGAGGGAUGAAGAUCGAGUUGCCAUUCACGAAGCCAUGGAACAACAGACUAUUUCAAUUGCCAAAGCUGGAAUCACUACUAUUCUUAACUCACGGACAAGUGUUUUAGCUGCUGCCAAUCCGAUUUUUGGCAGAUAUGAUGAGAUGAAAAGUCCCGGAGAAAAUAUUGAUUUUCAAACAACCAUUUUGUCAAGAUUUGACAUGAUUUUUAUUAUUAAAGACGAGCACAAUGAGCAAAGAGAUAAAGAAAUUGCUCAUCACGUUAUGAAUAUUCACAUGAAUAAAGCAGCUACAGAAGCAGUAGGUGAGAUACCCAUUGAAAAGAUGAAGAGAUAUAUUGCCUACUGCAAGUCUAAGUGCGCACCGCGACUUUCUCCAGAAGCUUCACAAGCCCUUUCUAGUGAAUUUGUUGAAAUCCGACAAAUUGUUCAACAACAAGAGCAGGACUCAAAUGAAAGAUCAUCAAUUCCAAUUACUAUUAGACAGUUGGAAGCUAUUAUUCGUAUUUCUGAAUCUUUGGCCAAACUGCGACUCUCACCUGUCGUUACAACGGAGCAUGUCCAGGAAGCUAUGCGGCUAUUCCAGUGUUCUACAAUGGCAGCUGUAGAAUCAGGAGCAGGAACCAGACAGGAGCUUGUUCACGAGGUUAACAAGAUUGAACAAGAACUUAAACGACGGUUGCCAAUUGGGUGGAGCACGUCUUAUCAACGACUGCUAAACGAGUUUGUGCAAUCGGGUAGAUACCAGCAAAACGCGCUGGACCGCGCUCUGCUGAUGCUUGAGCGGCGAGAAACAAUUCAAUUCCGACACCAACGUAAACAGAUUUUUCGAUCCGGUAUUUAG